AUGGUCUUCGACCUUGAAGAAGCCAAAAACCACCUCAGGGAACAUGGAUGGGUUCGUUUUCCGUCGGUUCUCACAGCAGAAGAGGCUACCGGCGUACUUAACCGGCUAUGGAAGGCAAAGGCAGCGGCUGAAGCUCGAGGCGAGGACACAUACCUGUCGUUUCUGGACCCCAACCCCAGCAACGUACGCGUAUUCUACUUGCUAGAGCUGGACAAGAUCUUUCGGGAGCUCAUCUCGCAGUCGACUGCCAUCUCCAUGGUCAAAGCGGUGCUGGGCGAGAAUUUUCUUAUCAGCAACUUCACGGCGAAUAUUGCCCGGCCUGGAUCGCAGAGUAUGGCUCUGCAUUCGGAUCAGAAGAACGGUGCAACGCAGUACAUCCCUGGGUCGAAUAAGUGGGUGUAUCGCAAAGAGGUUCCCGAAAACGCGCCAGAGAUGCUGGUUCCCUUUGAAGGCAAAGCUGGCGACAUCAUUGUCAUGGACGGUCGAGUGUGGCACACCUCUGGCAGUAACAUCACCAAAGAUCAAGACCGCGCACUUCUGUUUGGCUAUUACACUGCCCCAUUUAUGCGCCAACAGGUCAACUGGACUGCCAAGUUCCCCAAGGAAGUCCAGGACACCUGCAGCGAGGAGCUGAGGGAGUGGCUGGGCCUCAAUCCCGUUGGAAACAUUGGCAUGACGGGCGAUCUGAGAUAUAUGGCGGUGCAGUACCCUGAUGACAAGAAGAAGGCUGGCGAGGCAGUUGUAGCUGGUUAG